AUGGUCAAGUACAGAUACCACUUGCUGACCACGUGUCUGGGUCACAUGGUCGAGUACAGACACCACAUGCUGACCACGUGUCUGGGUCACAUGGUCGAGUACAGACACCACAUGCUGACCACGUGUCUGGGUCACAUGGUCGAGUACAGACACCACAUGCUGACCACGUGUCUGGGUCACAUGGUCAAGUACAGAUACCACUUGCUGACCACGUGUCUGGGUCACAUGGUCAAGUACAGACACCACUUGCUGACCACGUGUCUGGGUCACAUGGUCAAGUACAGAUACCACUUGCUGACCACGUGUCUGGGUCACAUGGUCAAGUACAAACACCACAUGCUGACCACGUGUCUGGGUCACAUGGUCAAGUACAGACACCACAUGCUGACCACGUGUCUGGGUCACAUGGUCGAGUACAGACACCACAUGCUGACCACGUGUCUGGGUCACAUGGUCAAGUACCGACACCACAUGCUGACCACGUGUCUGGGUCACAUGGUCAAGUACCGACACCACAUGCUGAAGUGUUUUGCCACGUGUCUGGGUCAUAUGGUCAAGUACAGACACCACUUGCUGACCACGUGUCUGGGUCACAUGGUCAAGUACAGACACCACUUGCUGACCACGUGUCUGGGUCAUAUGGUCAAGUACAGACACCACAUGCUGACCACGUGUCUGGGUCACAUGGUCAAGUACAGACACCACUUGCUGACCACGUGUCUGGGUCACAUGGUCAAGUACAAACACCACAUGCUGACCACGUGUCUGGGUCACAUGGUCAAGUACAGACACCACAUGCUGACCACGUGUCUGGGUCACAUGGUCGAGUACAGACACCACAUGCUGACCACGUGUCUGGGUCACAUGGUCAAGUACCGACACCACAUGCUGACCACGUGUCUGGGUCACAUGGUCAAGUACCGACACCACAUGCUGAAGUGUCUUGCCACGUGUCUGGGUCAUAUGGUCAAGUACAGACACCACUUGCUGACCACGUGUCUGGGUCACAUGGUCAAGUACAGACACCACUUGCUGACCACGUGUCUGGGUCACAUGGUCAAGUACAGACACCACUUGCUGACCACGUGUCUGGGUCAUAUGGUCAAGUACAGACACCACAUGCUGACCACGUGUCUGGGUCACAUGGUCAAGUACAGACACCACUUGCUGACCACGUGUCUGGGUCACAUGGUCAAGUACAGACACCACAUGCUGACCACGUGUCUGGGUCACAUGGUCAAGUACAGACACCACUUGCUGACCACGUGUCUGGGUCAUAUGGUCAAGUACAGACACCACAUGCUGACCACGUGUCUGGGUCAUAUGGUCAAGUACAGACACCACAUGCUGACCACGUGUCUGGGUCACAUGGUCAAGUACAGAUACCACUUGCUGACCACGUGUCUGGGUCACAUGGUCAAGUACCGACACCACAUGCUGACCACGUGUCUGGGUCACAUGGUCAAGUACCGACACCACAUGCUGAAGUGUCUUGCCACGUGUCUGGGUCAUAUGGUCAAGUACAGACACCACUUGCUGACCACGUGUCUGGGUCACAUGGUCAAGUACAGACACCACUUGCUGACCACGUGUCUGGGUCAUAUGGUCAAGUACAGACACCACAUGCUGACCACGUGUCUGGGUCACAUGGUCAAGUACAGACACCACUUGCUGACCACGUGUCUGGGUCACAUGGUCAAGUACAGACACCACAUGCUGACCACGUGUCUGGGUCACAUGGUCAAGUACAGACACCACUUGCUGACCACGUGUCUGGGUCAUAUGGUCAAGUACAGACACCACAUGCUGACCACGUGUCUGGGUCAUAUGGUCAAGUACAGACACCACAUGCUGACCACGUGUCUGGGUCACAUAGUCAAGUACAGACACCACUUGCUGACCACGUGUCUGGGUCACAUGGUCAAGUACAGACACCACAUGCUGACCACGUGUCUGGGUCACAUGGUCAAGUACAGACACCACAUGCUGACCACGUGUCUGGGUCACAUGGCCACGGAGGGAGAGGAGCAGGCCACGGAGGGAGAGGAGCAGGCCACGGAGGGAGAGGAGCAGGCCACGGAGGGAGAGGAGCAGGCCGAGGAGGGAGAGGAGCAGGCCGAGGAGGGAGAGGAGCAGGCCACGGUGGGAGAGGAGCAGGCCGAGGAGGGAGAGGAGCAGGCCGAGGAGGGAGAGGAGCACGCCACGGAGGGAGAGGAGCAGGCCGAGGAGGGAGAGGAGCAGGCCGAGGAGGGAGAGGAGCAGGCCACGGAGGGAGAGGAGCAGGCCACGGAGGGAGAGGAGCAGGCCGAGGAGGGAGAGGAGCAGGCCGAGGAGGGAGAGGAGCAGGCCACGGAGGGAGAGGAGCAGGCCGAGGAGGGAGAGGAGCAGGCCGAGGAGGGAGAGGAGCAGGCCACGGAGGGAGAGGAGCAGGCCACGGAGGGAGAGGAGCAGGCCGAGGAGGGAGAGGAGCAGGCCGAGGAGGGAGAGGAGCAGGCCACGGAGGGAGAGGAGCAGGCCGAGGAGGGAGAGGAGCAGGCCGAGGAGGGAGAGGAGCAGGCCGAGGAGGGAGAGGAGCAGGCCACGGAGGGAGAGGAGCAGGCCGAGGAGGGAGAGGAGCAGGCCGAGGAGGGAGAGGAGCAGGCCACGGAGGGAGAGGAGCAGGCCGAGGAGGGAGAGGAGCAGGCCGAGGAGGGAGAGGAGCACGCCACGGAGGGAGAGGAGCAGGCCACGGAGGGAGAGGAGCAGGCCACGGAGGGAGAGGAGCAGGCCGAGGAGGGAGAGGAGCAGGCCGAGGAGGGAGAGGAGCAGGCCGAGGAGGGAGAGGAGCAGGCCGAGGAGGGAGAGGAGCAGGCCGAGGAGGGAGAGGAGCAGGCCGAGGAGGGAGAGGAGCAGGCCGAGGAGGGAGAGGGGCAGGCCACGGAGGGAGAGGAGCAGGCCGAGGAGGGAGAGGAGCAGGCCGAGGAGGGAGAGGAGCAGGCCACGGAGGGACACACCUGGACUAUUGUGUUUCCAAUUGUUACUGUACUGCAGUAUCUAUUGUGUCUAAUGGAUCCUCUAUAG